AAAAAACAGCUCCCACGGGAACGAAACCCUCGCUCUCCUCGUGAUAGAGAGCGGCGGCGCUGGGUCCGACGCUUCCGAUAUCCUUCCUCCGGCGACCGGAGCAACCACUCCGCCUCCGUCCCAAGCCCUCCUCCUUCGUCCGAGGUCUCCUCCGCCCGCGUCCUCCUUCGCCAGAACUCAACUCCGCCUCCGUCCUCCUUCCGUCGAGCUCUACUACGCCACCUCGAGGCUUUUCUCCCCUCCGGCGACGGUGGUUCGGCGAACCAGUUGAUACCAUUACCUCGCUGGAUUAAUUGUCCCGGAAGUGUCGCUGGAUUAAUAGUCCUGGAAGUCAGCUCGACGAUCUGAAAGGAGGAAAACCUCGAGUUGCAGGUGAACUAGUCUCCUCCAGGAUCUAACAAGAUGUCUGAGAGCCAGGAAACUGAUAGGAACAUUGAAAUCUGGAAGAUUAAGAAGCUAAUAAAGGCACUGGAAUCAGCUAGAGGCAAUGGCACAAGCAUGAUCUCUCUUAUUAUGCCUCCACGUGAUCAGGUUGCUCGAGUGGCAAAGAUGUUAGGUGAUGAGUAUGGUACUGCUUCAAACAUUAAGAGUAGAGUGAAUCGCCAAUCUGUUUUGGGUGCCAUCACCUCAGCUCAGCAGAGGCUGAAGCUCUAUAACAGAGUUCCUCCCAAUGGUUUGGUUCUCUACACUGGAACCAUUGUUACUGAUGAUGGAAAGGAAAAGAAAGUUACCAUUGACUUUGAGCCAUUCAAGCCUAUAAAUGUGUCGCUGUACCUUUGUGAUAACAAAUUCCACACUGAGGCUUUAAAUGAGCUCUUGGAAUCUGAUGACAAGUUUGGCUUCAUUAUUAUGGAUGGUAACGGCACUCUUUUUGGCACACUGAGUGGAAAUACCCGUGAGGUGCUUCACAAAUUCACCGUUGAUCUCCCAAAGAAGCAUGGUAGAGGAGGGCAGUCAGCUUUACGUUUUGCUCGUCUUCGGAUGGAAAAGCGUCAUAACUAUGUCCGGAAAACUGCUGAGCUUGCUACUCAGUUUUUCAUCAAUCCAGCUACAAGUCAGCCUAAUGUCUCUGGACUAAUUCUUGCUGGUUCUGCUGAUUUCAAGACAGAGCUGAGCCAAUCUGAUAUGUUUGAUCAGAGACUUCAAGUUAAGAUACUUAAUGUGGUUGAUGUUUCUUACGGUGGCGAGAAUGGUUUCAACCAAGCUAUUGAGUUGUCAGCUGAGAUUCUAGCAAAUGUGAAGUUCAUACAGGAGAAGAAGUUAAUUGGCAAGUAUUUUGAAGAGAUCAGUCAAGAUACUGGAAAAUAUGUCUUUGGUGUUGAUGACACUCUAAAGGCUCUUGAAAUGGGUGCUGUUGAGACUCUUAUAGUGUGGGAGAAUCUUGAUAUCAACAGAUAUGCGCUGAAGCACAGUGUCUCUGGGGAAAUUAUUGUCAAACAUCUGAACAAAGAGCAGGAAGUGGACCAGAGCAAUUUCCGCGAUGCUGAGACUAAUGCUGAGUUGGAAGUUCAGGAAAAAAUCUCUUUGUUGGAAUGGUUCGCUAACGAGUACAAGAAGUUUGGUUGCUCGCUUGAGUUUGUCACUAACAAAUCACAGGAGGGAUCUCAGUUCUGUAGAGGAUUUGGUGGCAUUGGUGGUAUGCUGCGCUAUCAGUUAGACAUUCGGUCUUUUGAUGAGGCUUCCGAUGAUGAGGGUUUGUACGAAGACUCUGAUUAGCAAUCAGCCAAUCAAAUGACUCAGCUGGCCCAUGGAAGGACGCCACAGCUGCAACAGCUCGCUUUUGCUCUGCUUACGCAAGAACACUUUGAAGGCAGCUAUCUAGAGAUUGAUGGGCGUGGGCCAGCCUCAUCCUAUGCUGAAGGAGUUCAAAACCAAAUGGUCGAGAUACCAUCGUGGCAGUAAUGUGUCAAGAAGUUCACCACACUGAAAAGGCUAAUAAAACUUGCGAUAGCUAGCUGCUGCCUUAUGCUUCUCUAUUCAGUCGUUGUCUAUUGUCGGUCAGUUUUCAGUGUUCCAGGUUUUGAAUUCUAGGAUGUGUUUAGGUUGGGGAACCAAUGCACUCGUGCAAAUACUUAUUUUCCUUACUGUGUACUAGAGUCGUUGUACUCUGGCAGUUUCUGCAAUGAAGAUACUACUGUUUUGGUACUCA